AUGGCUGAUCGAGUGCUUGUGAUUGGCAGUGGAGGCAGAGAGCAUGCUCUGGCCUGGAAAUUGGCACAAUCUCCACAUGUAAAACAAGUGCUAGUUGCUCCAGGAAAUGCAGGAACAGCCAAUAAUGGAAAGAUUUCAAAUUCAGCUGUGUUAGUCAGCAAUCAUACUAUCCUUGCCCAGUUCUGCAAAGACCAUAACAUUGGACUUGUGGUAGUUGGACCAGAGGCUCUCUUGGGAACUGGAAUUGUGGAUGACUUGAUGUCAGCUGGAGUUAGAUGUUUUGGUCCCUCAGCCAAAGCAGCUCAGCUAGAGACCAAUAGAAGCUUUGCCAAAGCCUUUCUGGAUUGUCAUGGGAUCCCAACAGCAAGAGGGAAAGCAUUUGCCGAUCCUCAAGAAGCUUGUAGCUUUAUUACCAGCACAGACUUUCCUGCACUGGUUAUAAAGGCUAGUGGCCAAGCUGCUAGAAAAGAAAUAAUUAUUGCAGCCAGCAAAGAGGAAGCCUGCAGAGCUGUGCAAGAGAUUUUGCAGGAUAAAGUGUUUGGAAAGACUGGAGAGACGGUUGUCAUUGAAGAACUUCUCGAAGGGGAAGAGCUAUCUUGCUUGUGCUUCACUGAUGGUGUCACUGUUGCUCCCAUGCCACUAGUCCAGGCCCACAAACAGUUAAUGGAUGGAGACCAGGGCCCAAACACUGCAGGGAUGGGAGCUUAUUGCCCAGUUCCACAGAUUCCUGAAGCUCUUCUAGAGAAAAUUAAAGACUCUAUCCUGCAACCUAUUGUUGAUGGUAUGAGACAAGAGGGAACAACAUAUGUAGGUGUGCUGCAAACAGGAUUAAUGCGUACUAAAGAUGAUGUGAAAAUUAUAAACUUUACGUGCCACUUUGGUGACCCACAGUGCCAGGUAAUUCUUCCACUACUUACAAAUGACUUUUAUGAAGUGAUUCAAGCAACAAUUGAUGGCAAGCUCUGCAGCUGCAUGCCAGCUUGGUCAGAAAACCGUACUGCUGUGUCUGUGGUUAUGGCAAGUGAAGGGUACCCAGGAGAAUAUGUCAAAGGCAUGGAGGUAACAGGACUUCUACAAGCGCGAGAGCUAGGGGUGAAGGUGUUCCAUGCAGGCACAACCAUGCAGGAUGAUAAAGUGGUGACUGGCGGUGGCAGAGUCCUUACAGUCACAGCUAUCAAGGAGGAUCUGAUGUCAGCACUGGAAGAAGCCAACAAAGGAGUAGUAGCCAUACGGUUCCAGGGUGCCAUUUACAGAAAGGACAUUGGUUAUCAGGCUAUAGCUUUUCUGCAGCAGUCUGUAGGCCUGAUAAAUGGCAACAUAAGUGUAGACACUAUAACCAGCACUGACCCACCAACUGCAACUGGUAGUAGAUCAGGCAGCCAUGCAGAACUGGGAGGCUCUGCUGAUCUCUUUGACUUGAAAGCAUCUGGUUAUGAUGAUCCUAUCUUGGUAUCUCGAACUAAAGGCAUUGGAACUAAACUGCAGAUUGCACAGAUGUGUAAGAAACAUGACACCAUUGGCCAGGACUUGGUUGCCAUGUGUGUCAAUGACAUCCUGGCUCAGGGAGCAGAGCCCCUCUUCUUCCUCGACUAUUUUGCCUGUGGGAAACUUGACACUGAAGUGGCUCAAGCAGUCAGAGCGGGAAUAGCUGAAGCUUGUAAAAAGGCAGGAUGCGCUCUCUUGGGAAGAGAUACUGCUGAAAUUCCAGGCAUGUAUUCGCCUGGAGAGUACAACCUCGCUGGCUUUGCAGUUGGUGCAGUGGAACGAGGCCAAAUGUUCCUGCAGCCGAAGAGAGUUGCUGAGGGGGAUGUCGUCAUUGGACUAGCUUCUUCUGGGAUUCACAGCCAUGGCUUUAACCUUGUAAGGAAGAUUCUCUUAAUGUCUUCCCUACACUACUCGUCUCCAGUACCUGGUGGAUGUGGCGACCAGCCAUUAGGAGAACUAUUGCUAACUCCAACCAAAAUCUACAGCAAGGCUCUGUUGCCUGUCCUUCGUUCAGGGCAUGUGAAGGCCUUUGCCCCUAUCACUGGUGGGGGGUUACUGGAAAGCAUUCCCAGAAUCCUACCUGAAGCAUUUAGUGUAAUUUUGGAUGCUUAUACUUGGCAAAUACCUGAAAUCUUCUCCUGGCUCCAAACAGAGGGAAACCUCUCAGAAGAGGAGAUGGCCCGAACGUUUAAUUGCGGGAUCGGUGCUGUCUUGAUGGCAGACAAGGAGCUGGCUCAGCAAGUUCUGAAGGAUGUACAGAGGCAUGAGGAAGCCUGGCUGAUUGGAAAUAUAGUCCCAAGCCACACAGGAUCUUCUCAUGUCAAAGUCAAGAAUCUCCUUAAAGCCUUGCAGUUAAAUAGAUUCCAGUUUCUGCAGAAUGCUGCUGAUAUGGACAGUCACCUGCAUGUUGAGCCCCCAAAAAGCAAAGUGAAAGUAGCUGUUCUCAUUUCUGGAACAGGUACAAACCUUGCGGCACUUAUCGCAUAUGCCAGAGAACCAGCAAGCUGUGUACAGAUAGCUCUUGUCAUCUCUAAUAAGUCUGGAGACGUGGAAGAAUUGAGAAAUGCAGCCCGGGCUGGGAUUCCCACCAGGGUAAUUGACCAUAAAUUGUACGGAAGCCGCUCUGAAUUUGACCGCACAAUUGACAGUGUCCUUGAAGAAUUCUCUGUUGAACUGAUUUGUCUCGCAGGAUUUAUGAGAAUUUUGUCCAGUGCUUUUAUCAGAAAGUGGUACGGUAAAAUUUUGAACAUUUGUCCAUCACUAUUACCUUCAGUCAAAGGGGGAAAUGCCCAUAAGCAGGUGCUACAAGCAGGAGUCAAAGUCACUGGCUGUACAGUACAUUUUGUACUUGAGGAAGCUAAUACAGGAGCAAUAAUUCUCCAGGAGCCUGUCUCUGUGAACACAGAUGAUACCGAGGAGACCUUGUUGGAAAGGGUGAAGGAAGCAGAGUGCCGAGCCUUUCCCAUUGCCUUGCAGCUGGUGACCAGUGGAGUGGUGCGACUAGGAGCAGAUGGUAAAAUCUGCUGGAAACAAGGAACCCAAAGCUUGACUCAUCAUGAAAAGCAGGAUUGCAUUUCCUCCACUACUACUCUGAAGCCACAACAGUACAAUAGGCUACAGUCAAAUGCAUGA